UUUGUCUAUUUUGUAAACUUUAGAGAAUGAUAGAAAUGUAUAAGUUCAAUAGUUUUGUACUUUUUAUUAAACAGCUUAUGUAAAUGUUUUUAAUGUUGAUUUUUUUAUUUGUUCAUAAAUUUUUUUAUUGCAUAUAAUCUUUAAACUUUGUUACACCAUGAAUGAAAGUUUUGAACCGGAUAUUAAAACUGAAAAAAUUACUGAUACGGUUGAUAAUCACAAAGAAAAUAUUAAUGAGAAUAAGCCAGCUGCUAUGUCUCACCAAGAAGCACUAGAAUUUGUUGCAGAGGGAAUGGCGGAUAUAAUAAAAACAGAUCCAUUGCUUAAAUAUUUGCCAUCGUCCGCUACUUUAGAAGAACUUAAUUCCAUGUUAGCUCUGGAGCAUGGUCGAGCAAUGACUGUAAUAGUUCACAGGGCAGAUGGGCAGUCUUAUUCUGUUGUUGUUGAACAAAAGGCUACGGUGAUGGACUUGAAAAAAGCAAUACAAAGGCAUGUUGAAUUGAAAUUGAAACGAGAAGGUUGUGGAAGGACCUUAAGUUGGAGGUAUGUCUGGAAAACCUAUUGGCUUUACCAUGAAGGUGAAAAACUGACUCAAGAUGACAAACCACUCAAAGACUAUCAGAUUAAGAAUAAUUCCGAAUUAUCAUUUGUAAAAAGAUUAAGAAAUAAAUAAUUUUUACAUA